AUGUUGGAGUAUGGACCGCGCUGCAUGGUUAGGGGAGGCGGGUCAGACGGAAAGACUCUACUGCGUGUUCUCUUUUGUUAUGAGGUACUUGUCAAGUUUACUGGAAUCAUCACAACCUCCGGAGUCGUCGUCUGGAGCCGCACAUAUGCUCCCGUAGCCCAGAAAGUCGUCAACAGCCUGAUCAACGACGUCUUCAUUGAGGAACGCGCCCAGAGCCUGCAGAGCCAACCGCGGAAUGCCACCUUCAAGACGGACAAGUACACCCUCAAGUACACUCAUGCCAAGGACUCCAGUCUGAUCUUUGUCGCUGUCUACCAAUCCAUCCUACACCUGUCAUGGGUGGACAACCUGCUCGAUGUUGUCCGUGGUCUCUUCAUCAAGCAAUACGCCAACGACCUGAAGAAGCAGAACACAACAAGGCUUGACUGCUCCCAGUUUGGCCCGACCUUUGAUGCUCUCAUUCAGAAGCUCGACAAGACACAAGCUUCAGCCCCGAGACCUGACGAUGCUGACAUCGAGCCCGACUCGCCUACCGACCUAACUCCACCCUCAAGCUCUGCUGGUGACGACCAAGACAUCCCACCGCCGCCCGUACCCGCCCUCAAGAAGCCUGCUCCCAGACAGGUUACCGACACAAUCUCGGCCUCGACAGACGCUACCCCAAUCCCUACACCGGACACGUCGCGACCUGGCUCGCCGGCCGUGAGCCAAUUGCUCGAAGGAAAGAGUCCUAGAGGUUCGCGCCGCUCAAGAAAGGCUGCACUCGCUGCAUCUUCUGCCCCGGCUUCUUCAGGCGACGAGAAGUCUCCUUCGCGCAAAGCCACAGCCGCAAAAAGACCAGCUGCAAAGCCAAGGCGUACAUGGGACGCUCACGGCUUUGGCGCAGAAGAGGAUGAGGAUACCGUCUUGGACUACUCGACUCAGAGCCUCGAUGAUACACCCGCUGCUUCAUCGACGUUACAACCAGUUCGCACCGAUGAGAUGGGCAGCAGAACAGCCAAGGGUCAAUUUGUGCUCAAGGAUCUAGAUGACGAGGUUGACGCUAUUCUCGCCGAGUCAAAAUCGAAGAAGGAGGAAGCCGACACAGACGAAUCGAAGGGACUGGUGGGAACUGGACUGGGCGCCAUCAGUGGCUACUUCCGAAACAUGGUGGGCGGAAAGACUCUGACAGCUGCGGAUCUGGUCAAGCCGAUGAAAGCCAUGGAAGACCAUCUUUUAAACAAGAAUGUUGCUCGCGAAGCUGCUGUACGUCUGUGCGAAUCUGUCGAGCGCGAUCUCAUUGGCCUCAAGACCAGCAACUUCACCACGAUUGAUCAGACUAUUCGCGAUUCUAUGGCGAAGGCUCUCACGCGCAUCCUCACACCUACCUCCUCUCUCGACUUGCUACGCUCAAUCACAUCUACCACCACCGGUUCGAAUGCCAGACCCUAUGUCAUCAGUAUUGUUGGUGUCAACGGCGUCGGCAAGUCAACCUCUCUCUCGAAACUGGCCUUCUUCUUCCUGCAGAACAACUUCCGUGUUCUGGUCUGCGCAGCUGAUACUUUCCGCUCUGGCGCCGUCGAGCAACUGCGCGUCCAUGUACGCAACCUCUCAGAAUUGACUGCUCGUGAAAACCUCGGCCAUGUCGACCUCUAUGAAAAGGGUUACGGCAAGGACGCUGCCCAGCUUGCCAAGGAAGCCGUCGUCUACGCCGGUGAACACUCAUACGAUGUUGUGCUAGUAGACACAGCCGGACGCAGACACAAUGAUACUCGUCUCAUGUCUUCUCUUACUAAGUUCGGUCAACUCGCAAACCCAGACAAGAUCUUCAUGGUUGGUGAGGCUCUUGUAGGCACAGAUUCCGUUGCUCAAGCUCGCAACUUCUCCGCGCAAUUUAUUGACCGCCAGGGUAAAGGUCGUGGUCUCGACGGCUUUGUCAUCUCCAAGUGCGACACUGUGGGCGACAUGGUUGGUACGCUCGUCAGCAUGGUUCACGCCACUGGCAUCCCUGUCGUCUUCUUGGGAGUAGGCCAGCAUUACGGCGACUUGCGUGGUCUGAAUGUUGGUUGGGCUGUGGACAAGUUGAUGAAAUAG